AUGAAGGCGAACAUCUGGUCCGAGAAAAAACUGCUGGCACAAAAACAACUGAGCCUGCAACUGGCCUUCACCAUGGCGCUGGGCCUGAUACAUCCUUGGGACUGGUCGAACAUUCCUGCCGAGACACCCGAGUAUCACAGUCUUGCCCACCGUGUAAGGGCGGAUUACCACAGUGAGGACUUCACGUCCUCAAACCAGAGUUUUUGGCUCAGCUGGGAGGGUCUGCACACCAGGACACUCCAGCUUGCAGGCUUGAUGGCAUACAACCUGAAAGUCAGUGGCCUCGAAGACACCCCUCGAUCAGAUCUGAUCCCACUCCUCCGCGACACAACAACACAUUCAAAUCCAACAACAGCUCCAGCAUCAUCGCCAGCGCCUCAGCUGAAGAUACCUAUACUGGAGAAGACAGAAGGCGGCAGCCAUGGCGGCAUAACGGGCCAGUCCAACUCCUGGCAGGAGUGGUACACCUCGCGAGUACGUGACUUGGUCAAUACAAUCGACGAUGACGACGAUGACGAGUGGUAUGGCUACUACGUGUACACGCUGACCAGCACCGACAACCUCAACCCGGUCGGCUCCAAGGAUCCGGCCAUGGAGAACAUCCACUUCAAGCUUCGCAGACCACCACCAACAUCAUCCACAGCAACCGCCACAGCCAAGAAGCGGUCCCCGUCCUCCACCCCGCUGGCGCCACAGAAGCUGCCCCUGGAGGCGAGGGACUGCCAGGACGGCAUCACGCGCAGCUUCGACUUCGUGGGCACGGUGGCGCCGGCGACGGGCAUCGUCAGCCUGCGCAAGAACUACCUUGACGCGCACUCGUGGGACUACGAGGGCGUUAUGACGCCGCUUGGCAUCCUGGGCGAAUGGGGCAAGGAGGACACCGGGUUCAACGGCUACUUCUGGCUCUGGAGGCGGAGCUGGAUGGGCGGCGGCGAAGGAAAGGGCCAGCGGACUUAUGCCUAUUCUUAG